AAGUUCUGGAUUGCCAGAAGAGCUGAGGGGCCCGUGUCGUUGUCUAGGUCGCCCCAAAACUGAAUUUCAAGAAAAUUCACCCUUUCCUGUUUCUUUGGGCUUCCCUCAACUGAGGGAGAUGAAGGUCCAGAACCGGGAGGAACCCAGAGCUUCCUUUCUCUGUGCCCCACAGCAGUUUUGCGCUGUAGCUGUUUUUAUUCCCCUUAUUCGACAGGGGAGGAAAUCCGAGGCUGAGGGAGUGAAACGACCUGCUGACGUCACCUGGCAGAGGAGAUGGCGGAACCCGGACUAGAGCCUAGGUCUUCUAACUGCCGGCCUGAACUUGCCUCCAGUACUGGGGGGUGACUGAGUGUGUCAGUGUCCCAGGGGCACGGCCACCGCCCAGCUAGAAACGCGGCAUCUCCUGCAGGCACCACGAAGGCCUCCUCUCCACCGACGGAGUAAAAGGAGGACCUUGUAGGGACUGAGGUGGCGGCGAGGUGAGGGGGCGGGAGCCAGAAUCUAGGUCCCGCCCUCCUCCGUUUCAGCGGCUCCUGCGUUAUGAUUGGUUGGUCCCUACAGCUAGUGUCCUGAUUGGCCCACUUCCGGCCGUUGAGAUUUGAAUUCCAGGUUCGCGGCUUUGCCGGCGCGGUCCCCGGCUCCGAGGCGGGUUUUUGCCUCCGCCUGGCAGGUAUUGGCCGGUUUCUCUGCCCGUGGGAGUGCUGCCUAGCUGAUUGGUGCGUGUUGUGCCCUUCAUGGUUUUUCCUUCACUUCAGCCCCACAACCGGACCCAGAGGAACUGCAGCACUGUGAGCCAUUGGGAGAAAUAUGUCCCCCCAGCUGUAUGAGUUCCAUCUGCCCUUAUCCCCAGAAGAGUUGUUGAAAAGUGGAGGGGUGAAUCAGUAUGUGGUGCAGGAGGUACUGUCCAUCAGACAUCUUCCAUCACACCUUAAAGCAUUUCAGGCUGCCUUUCGAGCUCAGGGGCCCCUGGCUAUGCUGGAGCAUUUUGAUACCAUCUACAGCAUUCUGCAUCACUUUCGAAGUAUAGACCCUGGCCUCAAGGAAGAUACCCUGGAAUUCCUGAUAAAAGUGGUAUCCCGCCACUCCCAGGAACUUCCCACCAUCUUGGAUGAUGCAGCUUUGAGUGUGUCAGAUAGAAGUGCCCACCUGAAUGCCCUCAAGAUGAACUGCUAUGCUCUGAUACGCCUCCUCGAGUCUUUUGAGACCAUGACCAGCCAGACAAGUCUCAUGGACCUGGACCUUAGCGGGAAGGGUAGGAAAGCCCGGGCCAAGUCAGCCCAUGGCUUUGACUGGGAAGAAGAGAGGCAACCAAUUCUUCAGCUUUUAACACAGCUGCUCCAGUUGGACAUCCGUCAUCUGUGGAACCACUCAAUCAUUGAGGAGGAGUUUAUCAGUUUGGUCACCGGCUGCUGCUACCGCCUCCUGGAGAAUCCCACCAUUAGUCACCAAAAGAACCGCCCCACCCGGGAAGCCAUAACAUGCCUGCUCGGUGUAGCCUUGACACGUUAUAACCAUAUGCUGAGUGCCACUGUGAAGAUCAUCCAGAUGCUGCAGCACUUUGAACACCUGGCAUCUGUACUGGUGGCCGCUGUGAGCCUGUGGGCAACUGAUUAUGGAAUGAAGAGCAUAGUAGGAGAGAUUGUAAGGGAGAUUGGACAGAAGUGUCCCCAGGAGCUGAGUCGGGACCCUUCAGGGGCAAAGGGCUUUGCCACCUUCCUGACAGAACUAGCGGAGCGUGUCCCAGCCAUCUUGAUGUCCAGCAUAUGCAUUCUGCUAGAUCAUCUGGAUGGAGAAAAUUACAUGAUGCGCAAUGCCGUGCUGGCAGCCAUGGCAGAGAUGGUGCUGCAGGUUCUGAAUGGGGAUCAGCUGGAGGCAGCGGCCCGAGACACCCGAGACCAGUUCUUGGACACCUUGCAAGCCCAUGGCCACGACGUCAACUCCUUUGUGCGGAGCCGUGUUUUGCAACUUUUCACCCGGAUCGUCCAGCAGAAGGCUCUACCCCUGACACGUUUCCAGGCAGUGGUGGCCUUAGCAGUGGGGCGUCUGGCAGACAAGUCGGUGCUGGUAUGUAAAAAUGCCAUCCAGCUGCUGGCCAGUUUUCUCGCCAAUAAUCCCUUUUCCUGCAAGCUUAGCGAUACUGACCUUGCUGGACCACUGCAGAAAGAAACCCAGAAAUUACAAGAGAUGAGGGCCCAGAGGCGAGCUGCAGCUGCUUCCACAGUGCUGGACCCAGAGGACGAGUGGGAAGCCAUGCUGCCAGAGUUGAAGGCUACCCUGCAGCAGCUGCUGAAGCUCCCCCAGGAAGGAGAGGGGAUGCCUGAGGAAAUUGCCGAGACAGAGACCGCCAAAGAGGUGGAAAGUCGCAUCCGUCAGUUGCUAGCCAAAGCUAGUUACAGGCAGGCCAUCAUUCUAGCUCGAGAAGCCAUAGGCCACUUCCAGGAGUCUCAGCCCUUCUGUCAUAUGGACCCAGAGGAUUCAGAGGAGACCAGGUUCCUGACUCUCUUAGGAACUAUCUUCAAAGGCCCAGAAGCUCCCACCCAGGAGAAGACUCCCCAGGGGGCUGUGGGGAACUUGGGCUCAGGAGAAACUGGCUGUGAAGACCAGUCAGCGCCUGAGAAACACAGGGAAGAUGAUGAGCUGGUGAAGCAGGAAAUGCUGGUGCAGUACUUGCAGGACGCCUACAGCUUCUCUCAGAAGAUCACAGAGGCCAUUGGCAUCAUCAGCAAGAUGAUGUAUGAACACACAACCACAGUGGUGCAGGAGGUGAUUGAAUUCUUUGUGAUGGUGUUCCAAUUUGGGGUACCCCAGGCCCUGUUCGGGGUGCGUCGCAUGCUGCCUCUCAUCUGGUCAAAGGAGCCUGGUGUCCGGGAAGCUGUGCUAAACGCCUACCGUCAGCUUUACCUCAAACCUAAGGGUGACUCUGCCAGAGCCAAGGCCCAGACUUUGAUUCACAAUCUCUCUUUGCUGCUAGUGGAUGCCUCAGUUGGGACCAUUCAGUGUCUUGAGGAAAUCCUCUGUGAGUUUGUGCAGAAGGAUGAAUUGAAACCAGCCGUGACCCAAGUGCUGUGGGAACGGGCAACCGAGAAGGUCCCCUGCUCUCCUCUGGAGCGCUGUUCCUCUGUCAUGCUUCUUGGGAUGAUGGCACGAGGAAAACCAGAAAUUGUGGGCAGCAACUUAGACACUCUGGUGAGCAUAGGGCUGGAUGAGAAGUUUCCACCAGACUACAGGCUGGCCCAACAGGUGUGCCAUGCCAUCACCAACAUCUCUGACAGGAGGAAGCCUUCGCUGGGCAAACGUCACCCUCCCUUCCGGCUGCCGCAGGAACACUGCUUGUUUGAGCGACUGCGGGAGAUGGUCACAAAGGGUAUUGUCCACCCGGACCCACUCUGGAUCCCAUUCAAAGAGGCAGCAGUGACCCUCAUUUACCAGCUGGCAGAGGGCCCUGAGGCAAUCUGUGCCCAGAUGUUGCAGGGCUGUGCGAAGCAGGCCCUGGAGAAGCUGGAGGAGAAGAGCCCUCCCCAGGAGGCCCCGAAGGACACCCCCAUGCUCCCCACUUUCCUGUUGAUGAACCUGCUGUCCCUGGCUGGGGAUGUGGCUCUGCAGCAGCUGGUGCACCUGGAGCAGGCAGUGAGUGGAGAGCUCUGUCGGCGCCGAGUUCUUCAGGAAGAGCAGGAGCAUAAGGCAAAAGAUCCCAAAGAGAAGGAUGCAAGCUCUGAGGCCACCAUGGAGGAGGAGAUGGGGCUGGUUGGGGCCACUGCUGAUGACACCGAGGCAGAACUGAUCCGCGGCAUCUGUGAGCUGGAGCUGCUGGAUGGCAAACAGACCCUGGCUGCCUUCGUUCCACUUCUCCUCAAAGUCUGCAAUAACCCUGGUCUCUAUAGCAACCCAGAGCUCUGUGCAGCUGCUUCACUUGCCCUGGGCAAGUUCUGUAUGAUCAGUGCCACUUUCUGUGACUCCCAGCUUCGUCUUCUGUUCACCAUGCUAGAAAAGUCCUCACUCCCCAUUGUUCGGUCUAACCUCAUGAUUGCUACUGGGGAUCUGGCCAUCCGCUUCCCCAACCUGGUGGACCCCUGGACCCCUCAUCUAUAUGCUCGCCUCCGGGACCCGGCCCAGCAAGUGCGUAAAACAGCCGGGCUGGUGAUGACCCACCUGAUCCUGAAGGAUAUGGUGAAGGUGAAGGGGCAGGUGAGCGAGAUGGCCGUGCUGCUCAUCGACCCCGCUCCUCAGAUCGCUGCCCUGGCCAAGAACUUCUUUAAUGAGCUUUCCCACAAGGGCAACGCCAUCUAUAACCUCCUUCCAGAUAUCAUCAGCCGCCUGUCGGCUCCCGAGGGAGGGGUGGAGGAAGAGCCUUUCCACACCAUCAUGAAGCAGCUCCUCUCCUACAUCACCAAGGACAAGCAGACCGAGAGCCUGGUGGAAAAGCUCUGUCAGCGGUUCCGCACAGCCCGAACUGAGAGGCAGUACCGGGACCUGGCCUACUGCGUGUCGCAGCUGCCCCUCACAGAGCGGGGCCUCCGUAAGAUGCUGGACAACUUUGAUUGCUUUGGAGAUAAACUAUCAGACGAGUCCAUCUUUAGUGCCUUUUUGUCAGUUGUAGGCAAGUUGCGACGUGGAGCCAAGCCGGAGGGCAAGGCUGUAAUAGAUGAAUUUGAGCAGAAGCUUCGGGCCUGUCACACCAGAGGUUUGGAUGCAAUAGAGGAAUUUGAGAUGGGCCAAGGAGGCAGCCAGAGAGCCCCAUCAGCCAAGAAACUACCUGCUGUCUCUAGACACCGGCAUCUGGCCUCUGCAGCUUCAGACGAUGACUUUGUCACACCUGAGCCCCGCCGUACUACCCGUCGGCAUCCAAACACCCAGCAGCAAGUUUCGAAAAAGAAGCUCAGAAUUGUCUUUUCGAGCGACGAGUCCAGCGAGGAGGAACUGUCAGCAGAGAUGAUGGAAGAUGAGACACCCAAGAAAACCACCCCCAUCCGCCGAGCAUCUGCUCACAGACAAAGAUCCUAGAGGUGUCCUACCUGUUCCCAUCCCAGCCAGCCCUGCAGGUGUCUUGUGGAGUGACCCUGAAUUCCAUUCCCCUUGUAAAAUACGUGUUUACCUGUCUCCUUGGUUUUUUUUAAUGUGUAAAUGGUCUUUAUAAUGUUAGGCUUUGCUAAACUAAGCCUAACUGAACCAAGUCAAGUUGUUUUCCAGAAUGUGUGUUUGCCAGUUUCUUUGUUUUCUAAUGAAUAAAUAUUUUUAUAUACUUUUA